ACCCUCCACAUCACACGCACACACACACACACACAUACACACACCUUCUCCAACCGCAAAGCCCGCCGCUGUGUGACAGGAAGCCACCAGAACGAUAUAGACCCAGCAAGUAACACGCACACACAGACACCCACUAUGAGAGCUCCUUCCUGACGGACUUUCUUCUUCUUCUUCUUCUCGUUCUGUGUGCACUAUAGCGACCAAGCUUGGAUUUCCUCCCCCCUCAUCACCCCCUGAGCAUGAAAAGGAUUGCCAGGAUUGCCCAAUUAGCCGCAAUCCAGCAGCAGCAGCAGCAGCAGCAGAAGAAGAAGCAUCGCCAUCGUCGUGCACCGGAUGCUCCAGCAGAAGUUGUUGGCCGCGCAAGUCACACGGGGGGGACGAGACUCGGAGGGGAGCGUCUGAUUUAGGUCUCCACAUAAUGGAGCGAGAAUGAACAGAGAGCGGCUGAAAAAAAAGCAUGAACUGGAGGUUUAUUGAGGUCAUCUGCUUCCUGUUUAUAUGGGACCAUAUAACAGUUCAGUCUUCCCGCCAGGACCCAUUGGCCACUGAGCAACAUGUUGCCAAGCAGUAUGACUGGCUCAUCUCCGACCGCGGACCCUUCCACCACUCACGAAGUUAUCUGUCCUUUGUGGAUAGAUUCCGCCAAGGAUUCACGACCAGAUAUAAAAUUUAUAGGGAAUUUGCACGUUGGAAGGUGAGGAAUACAGCGAUCGAGAGGCGGGACCUGAUCCGGAACCCCGUGCCGCUCAUGCCCGAGUUCCAGCGCAGCGUCCGCCUGUUGGGCCGCAGACCGACCACGCAGCAGUUCAUCCACACCAUCAUCAAAAAAUAUGGCACCCACAUUCUCAUCUCGGCUACGUUGGGAGGGGAGGAGGCGCUCACAAUGUACCUGGCCAAAAACAAGCUGGACAGGAAGCUGGCCAACGCCACUCAGAACGUGGAAGCCCUCCACCAGCUGGCCUCCUCCUACUUCAUCGACCGCGACGGCACAAUGAGGAAGCUGCACGAGAUCCAAAUCUCCACCAAUGCCAUCAAGGUGACGGAGACGCGCACGGGCCCGUUGGGAUGCAGCAGCUACGACAAUCUGGAUUCGGUCAGCUCCGUCCUGCUGCAGAGCCCCGAGAGCAAGCUUCAUCUGCAAGGUCUUCAGGUCAUUUUCCCCGAGUAUUUGCAGGAGAAGUUCGUCCAGUCGGCUCUGAGCUACAUCAUGUGUAACGGCGAAGGAGAGUACCUGUGUCGUAACAACCAGUGCAUUUGCCAGUGUUCGGAGGACUACCCCCAGUGCAACUGUCCCAUCACCGACAUCCAAAUCAUGGAGAACACCAUGCUGGGCAUGGCCGAAUCAUGGCUAUCCUCCUACAAAGAUUUUGAGAACUCCGAUGAAUUCAAGUCCUUCCUGAAGAGGUUGCCCUCCACCCACUUCCUGCCCAUCAACAGCGUGCACUUGCUGUGGGGCAGCGACUGGGACCUGCAGGCUCGCUACAGGCUGCUCCAGAGCUCCCUGGAGGUCCAGCGGCUCAAGAUCCAGCGCACUGCCCGCAAGCUCUUUGGCCUGAGCAUCCGCUGUCACCACAAUCCCAACCACCAGAUGCCAAGGGAGAGGUCGGUGAUGCAGUGGCUCAACAGGGUCCAGUCCUUCCUCUACUGCAACGAGAACGGCUUUUGGGGAACCUUCCUGGAAAGCCAGCGAACGUGCGUGUGCCACACAGGCGUCACCCUGUGCCAGCGCCCGAUCCCUUGCGUCAUCGGCGGCAACAACAGCUGCGCCAUGUGCAGCCUGGCCAACAUCUCGCAGUGCGGCUCGUGCAACAAGGGCUACAAGUUGUACCGCGGCCGCUGCGAGCCUCAAAACGUGGACUCGGAGCGCAGCGAGCAAUUCAUUAGCUUCGAGACGGACCUGGACUUUCAGGACCUGGAACUGAAGUACCUGCUGCAGAAAAUGGACUCGCGACUGUACAUCCACACCACGUUCAUCAGCAACGAGAUCCGCCUGGAGACUUUCUUUGACCCGCGGUGGCGCAAGCGCAUGUCCCUGACGCUGAAAAGCAACAAAAACCGCAUGGACUACCUCCACAUGAUCAUCGGCCUGUCCAUGAAGAUCUGUCAGAUGCGGAACAGCAGCAUCGACCCCAUGUUCUUCGUCUACGUCAACCCGUUCAGCGGCAGCCACUCGGAAGGCUGGAGCAUGCCCUUCGGCGAACACGGCUACCCCCGCUGGGAAAAGGUGCGGCUGCAGAACACCCAGUGCUUCAACUGGACCCUGUUGCUGGGCAACCGCUGGAAGACCUUCUUCGAGACCGUGCACAUCUACCUGAGGAGCCGAGCCAAGAUCCCCACCGGCCUCCGCAACGACACGGGCCCCGUGGACCUGGCCGACCCCAACAAGCGGCAGAUCUACAUCAAAAUCUCCGACAUCCAGGUGUUCGGCUACAGCCUGCGCUUCAACGCCGACCUGCUCCGCAGCGCCGUGCAGCAGGUCAACCAGUCCUACACGCAAGGAAACCAGUUCUACUCCUCGUCAUCCGUCAUGCUCCUCUUGCUGGACAUCCGGGAUCGGAUUAAUCGCCUGGCCCCUCCGUCUGCGCCCGGCAAACCCCAGCUGGACCUCUUUUCCUGUAUGCUGAAGCAUCGGCUCAAGCUCAACAACAGCGAGAUGAUCCGGGUCAAUCAUGCCUUGGACAUGUACAGCACAGAGAUACUCAAACAAUCCGAUCAUCUGACUGCAAAACUGUGUUAAUCGCUUCCAAACGCCAAUUUAAGGACGGGAGAAUGACACGGAAGCGCCCUCGCUAAUGAACCCGACCUCCCGGGACGGCCUCUUAUUGACUCUCUUUGACUUCUUUUUCCUUUUUUGGGGGGUGGGGGGGCUUUUUUGCCUUUUUGAUGUGACACAAACUUUGUAAAAGCAUACUUUGUAAAAAAAAAAAAUGGGGAAGGAGGAACGGAAAAGGAAGACCUGAAUCGGAACUAAGGACUGUAACAUACCUGUCCAAGCAUGUCUGUCAUUUCCCCAAAGAACUUUAAUGUCAGCGAGAGAGAGAUUAAAAAAAAAAAUACUUGUGAUAAAGAGGCCUUGACCGGAAGGCUCUAUCUGUAACUGCCAUUGUUCUUUACCUGGGAAAUUGAAAAGAAGAAAAAACAUUUUUCACAAAAAAAAACCCCAAAAACCAAAAAAAACAGGCAGACCAGAAAUCCUUUUAUUUCCUCUAACGUGCAAAAUAAAAAUGUUUCUAUACACACCCGGAGAAUUGAGAAACGGCUCGAGAGCGUGUAAUGUAGUCAACACAUUUAUUAUUAUAGAGUCUUUAUUACUUUUCCAAGCCUCGGCGAGUCGGUGAGUUAUGAAGCACUCGCUCAUUGUUCUGACACGUAAGGCACACGCAGCAGGCCGGGAAUUGAUCGUCACGUCAAAGAACAAAAAGCCAGCUGUUUAUAAAUAUACAGACAUAGACGGCGUAUGUGUGUGUGCGCGUGUGUGUGGAUGUCGGCGCAUACCUUUUUUUUUUUUUACUUUAUUUGGCUUGCUAAUUGAAUGUGUCCAAUUUUUCAAUUACUUCUUGUGUGUUUCCAAUUUUUAUUUAUUUAUAUUUGGGGGGGGGGGGUCAGGUCUUUCCUGGCUGCGCGAGUGCAUCAUUGUCGUGGAUUUAAACGUCAAUGCUAAUUUUGUACUGCUUUGCGUGAAAUGGACAACCAAACGGACACAAAAAAAAAAUCUCUAUAUAUAUAUGGUAAAAAUGUUGUGAUUGCUGGUUUGUGGAGCUUUUUCUUGGGCACCAAAAUCUUAGCGAGCGUUCACCGAUCAGGCACGUUGACAAAACAAAGCCAUAGAUGCCCCACCACCCGCCACCACCACCCCAAGAUCAAGUAAUGUUCAAUCCCGUUUCAUUUUACACACACUAAAAGACCUUUUGCUUCUUUCUCGGUUGAUAUGAGACAAAAAGCACAGUGAACGAUAUGUUGGCACUCUCACUAGGUUUCGAUGUUGUGCUGGGGGGGAAAAAAAUACUCAAAUGUAAAAUCUUACAGUACAUUUUUAAUCCGGAAUCCUUUCACCAGCACCAGUGUUUUGUUUCUCGAUGAAAACCCUUCCCGGCAUGGUGCGGGUUUUUUUUUUCUUUUUUCUGAUUUAUCCCGGAUGGCUGUGUGUAUAUAAUCCCACUUGUUGAACAUGGAAAUGAUAUCAGCGCUUCUCUCACGUGUUUUGCUGGUGAAACCUGUUGACAUGGUGUCUUUAUGAUUCUAUUGGCACAAAAAAAAAAGGAAAAACUGACCCCAGUUGCAGACCAAUUUUUUUUCAGAUGCUACUUUUAUUUUGGUUAACUUGCUAUGUAUUGCUGCUUUACUGCUAAGUGUGACGCUAAGUCUUGUGGACGUUGCAGAGGCACAUCUUCCAAAUCUGGAUUUGGAGAUUUUAAUCACUCCCUUUUUUUUUUGUCUGAUUCGCUAUUCACAAUAUUUAAAGUAGACAUAACUUGGAAAAGUGACAUUGAAUUCUUUGUAUACGCACAGUUGUGUCUCUGGGGUGCCUAUCCGGCUGAUAGGUGUGGAAUUACACCGCCACGUCAAUCUUUUGUGAGCUAACUAUUUCUGAAAUGUCUGCGAGCGAGCCAAUUAGAUUUUUAAGAUGAAUUUCAUCAUUCAAAUUCCAUGACUGGGCAGGAAGAGCCACCAUUUUACGAAUGACGGAUGGACUGAACGGAAAUCUUGUCAUGUCAAAACUGAAAGCUCAGCAGAGGUAGAGUGUUAGCGCACAUUUGUGUUAGCUACACGUUAGCACGCUAGGCAAAAGUAAUUUAAGCUUUUGUCAGAAAGGCUGGAAAAAGAACCCAAUGUGACAAAAAUAUUGAAAAAUAUUCAUCCCUGUCACCUAAAGAGACCUUGGAACUGUUUUUAACGGUGAAAAAAAGGGAGUAACAUGUCACCGUUAGCGUCCCCUUCACAGCAUUGCUCUCCUUUUUCACCCUCAGUGUGAUUUGCUAAAUAGCUAAGUUCCAUUUACGGGUGACUCAUUUCGCAUUUCAAGCGGUAGAAAUGUCACUGUUAAAAUUACAGUAAAAGUACAAAGCCGUUCCGAAAAAGUUUCCCCCCUUCCCUGCCCCCACAACAAAUCUUACACUUUAAGUGUCACGUCGGAUUUGUUCAUUCCGCUCAGCGACGAAUUCUCAGUUUAAUAGCAUGCUAAUAUGGACAUGGCAGAACGUGGCAUACCAUCGCAAGAGUAUCAUUUUUGCAUGCUAACAAUUAGCAUCUUUUGUAUUGUAUUUUAGUUGAAGUUCAAUUUUCCGAACCCGAAAGCAGUUGCCUCCGCAUAUUUUAAUUAACUGCAAUGGUCUACGCGUUUGAUACUUUCGUUGGACUUUCAUAUUUACGGACUGACUGCUUUUUUUUCCGUUUUAACUCGCGGAUGUUUUCGUAUCGCGGGUGGAUUACUACUGAAAAAUGUGCCUGAAUGCCUCCAAUGAGUGGACAUCAGAGCCGAAAUCGACGCCAGUUUAGGCUUGUAAAAGAUGCGUUAAAAAGUCCCCGAUGUAUUAGCACUUGAUUGGACAAUUCCUGAGAAUUGCUACCAUAUAAUUCUUUUAUUUUAAUGUCGUCAUUAUAAUUAUAUAAGUGCCUGUUAUUUAACCCUUUAACAUGUUUAGAGCUGGUCACAAAAGUCUCGGUCUUUUUUUUCUCCAAUUCUACACGAUACAUUUGAAAGUACUAUCCCUGUUGCAUUCAAGUAAUAAAGCCGGUGUAUUAGUUCAACAUAUUGGCUGGUUCUACGUGAUCGGGAUUGUUGGUUUGCUUUUUUUUUUUUUUUUUUUUUUUUCGAGCCCCUGCAAGGUCCAUACAACAAGGACAUGUUUCUGGUGUUGAUUUAGUUUGAGAUAUAUAUCACAAACUGACAGUGUAAAACCAUUCUUACGAUGGUGCAAUUAUGAUCAC